AUGUCCCAUUCAGGUGCUGCCAUCUUUAAGAAGGUCUCUGGUAUUAUAACAAUCAACGAGGACGCCAAUCCAACUGAACUAAUAUGGAGGUCAACAGAUGGGGAUAAGACGCAUAUGAUUCUGCUGGACACAAUAGAUAAAUUACAAGCGACACCAGCCAGUUCAGAGAAGAUGAUGUUGAGAUUGAUGUCCAAAGUGGAUGAGAAUAAGAAAAUGAAGGAUGCUGAGGGAAAUGAAGUUGUGGCGAAACCUCAAACACACAUGUUUUCAUUUAAUAAUAGGGCGGUCAUGGAUAACAUUAAGAUUACUCUACAACAAAUCAUAUCCAGAUAUAAAGAUGAUGAGCUAUAUGAGGAGAAGCGAAGAAAGGAAGCUGGAGGAAGUGCAGAGAGCGCAAAUGAUGGCGUGACAUCGUCAUCUGCCACACCCAUGGCCGUCCCAUUGAUCAACACUGCCAAGUUGGAUGAUUCUUUAUCUAAGGAGAAACUGUUGACCAACUUGAAAUUGCAACAAUCGUUAUUGAAGGGGAAUAAGAAUUUGAUGAAGACUUUCCAGGAAACUGUUAUUCAUUCCGGUCUACCACCUGAUGAAUUUUGGUCCACAAGAAUUCCUCUCCUGAGAGCCUUUGCUUUGUCCACUUCGCAAAAAGUGGGACCAUAUAAUGUGUUAUCCACGAUUAAACCAGUGGCAUCGUCGGAGAAUAAAGUGAAUGUGAAUCUAUCUAGAGAGAAAAUAUAUAGUAUCUUUGGUAAUUAUCCCAUUGUGAAAAAGGCCUAUGAUGAUAAUGUCCCGAAGAAUUUUAAAGAACCUGAAUUUUGGGCUAGAUUUUUCUCAUCAAAGUUGUUUAGAAAGUUGAGAGGUGAAAAAAUCAUGCAAAAUGAUAGAGGUGAUGUUAUUAUUGAUAGGUAUUUGACUUUGGAUCAGGAAUAUGAUAGGAAAGAUGACAUUGCCUUGACUCAUCCCGUGACUAAGUUUAUUGAUAUUGAUGGGAAUACCCAGGAUGACCCUGUAAAAUUCGGUAAUAAACCUGAUUUUACCAUGCAACCAGGUGUUGAUAUUAAUGGGAACAGUGAUGGGACUGUUGAUAUCUUAAAGGGGAUGAACAGACUUAGUGAGAAGAUGAUUAUGGCACUAGAAAAUGAAUAUUCCAGAUCAAACUUACAACAAGAAGAUCCUGAUGAAGAGGAAAGGGAUGGUUUAAAGAUUAAUGAUUUAGAUGAAAGAUAUCAGGCAGAAUAUGCAAUGGUGCAUUUAAAGAAUAGACAACAUGAAGAAAGUUCGCCAACGCCGAAUUCAUCAGCUACUAGUGAUAGCAGUGAGAAAGCCACCAAUGUUAUAGAUACAGAAUUGGUCAAGACUCAUAUUACUAAUACAUUACACACAUUGAUAGAGAAAUUAGACCUUCGAAAGGUAGUCCCCGAAGGUGAUAUCAACAACGAAAUCAAUCAAAAAGUUAUACAGGCGGUGAAGAUUAAUGCUAAGCAAGCUAAACACAACAACAUGGACUCUAUUCUGGGAACAUUCGUUGGCAACAAGACAGAUGAAUCAGAGGCUAAAUCGGAGUUACCAACUGAUCUGUUAGAAAGUUGUAGGAUUCUUCAUAGUACAUGUUGUGAAUUCUUAAAGCAUUUCUAUCUUCAUUUUCAGAGUGGUGAAUAUAAGCAGGCCUCCAAAGUUAAGAAACUAUACACUCAUUUGAAAGACUGUAAGGAGAAACUGGAAGAAUUGUUCAACGACGUCAAGAAUGGGGAUGGCCAAGAAAUGGCUGAUACAUGUACGGCGUACUUGAGCCCCGUAUUGCAAUCCAUCACAGCAGCUAUAAAGCAUUAUGAAUAUCUGUAUGAAAUGAUCAAUCGGCCAAAAUCAGUGUCACCAGCACCACCAGUUAAUGCAUAA